UGGAUCUCGUAUUUAUAUCAGUAGCUGUUCUCGGAGUGACGUAGUUGCGGGGCGCUAUACUGAGAUUCAGUGCCACCUCAUCUUGGCACCCAAGACAUCAGAUCUGUACAGUGUGUGCCCGCCCUGAUCUCCGAUACCGGGGACUCUUGAUCCGUCUACGUUUCCCGCAGAUUUACCGGUACUGAAGACAGGAGGAAGGAGCAGGACUGGAGGAGAUCUGGCCGCAGAAGAUGCUGAGAUUACGGCCGGUGUUGGUUUUGGUUCUGGGUGCACUGGGGCUGCACAGCGUCCUUGCUGGGAAAGUGAACAAGCACAAACCAUGGAUUGAAACGUCGUACCAUGGGGUCAUAGUGGAGAAUCUGGACACCGUCCUCCUGGACCCGCCGCUUGUGGCUCUGGACAAGGAUGCACCUGAGCCCUUCGCAGGAGGAAUCUGCGCAUUCAGGGUUCUUGGGCAGGACAUCCCAUUUGAGGCGGUGGUGCUGAACCGGACGUCCGGCGAGGGGGUGCUGCGGGCCCGAGACCCCGUGGACUGUGAGACGAGGAGAGAGUACAGCUUUUCCAUCCAGGCCUAUGAUUGUGGCACUGGGGACAGUGCAGCCAGCCGGAAAAAGUCCCACAAGGCCACAGUGCACAUCCAAGUGGACGACGUAAAUGAAUUCCCACCUGUGUUCGGUGAGCCGGUGUACCAUGCGGCAGUGACCGAGGGGAAGAUCUACGAUAGCAUCUUGCAGGUGGAAGCCACAGACCGAGACUGCUCGCCGCAGUACAGCCAGAUCUGCAACUAUGACAUCGUCACCCCGGGAACGCCCUUCGCCAUCGACCGCAACGGCAACAUCAGAAACACAGAGAGGCUGAGCUAUGACAAGCAGAGGCGCUACAAAAUCAUGGUGACUGCUUUUGACUGCGGUCAGCAGAGAGCGAGAGAGAACGCGCUUGUGCGCAUUGACGUCAAACCUGCUUGCAAACCCGGCUGGCAAGGCUGGAACAAACGGGUGGACUAUGAACCAGGAACAGGCAGCAAGCAACUGUUUCCCAAGAUGCACUUGGACACGUGCGAUGAGCCCGUGUCCUCAGUGCGGGCCACCGUGGAGCUACAGACCAGCCAUAUUGGGAAGGGCUGCGACCGGGAGACCUAUUCGGAGAAUUCCCUGCAGAAACUCUGUGGGGCUGCAUCAGGCAGCAUGGACCUUCUACCGGCUCCCAGUAGCACCACCAACUGGACGGCCUCCUUGCUCACUGACAGUGGGCGCGACAGCGACCUCAUCUUCCGCUUUGAAGGAUGGCAGGCAGCCAACAUCCCGGACCUGGUCGUGCCCCAGAACCUGACGGACCAGUUCACCAUCGCCACUUGGAUGAAGCAUGGACCCAGUCCAGGUUUACGGGCCGAAAAGGAGACUCUGCUCUGCAACUCGGACAAAACCGAGAUGAACCGGCAUCACUACGCUCUCUCUGUGCACAACUGCCGGCUGGUGUUCCUGCUGAGGAGGGAUUUCACGCAGGGCGGAACCUUCCGGCCAGCCGAAUUCCAUUGGAAGCUGGAACAGAUCUGUGACAAGGAGUGGCACUACUACGUCAUUAACGUAGAGUCACCCCGGGUGGCACUCUUUGUGGACGGUGUGAGCUACGAGCCCUACCUGGUGACGGACGACUGGCCCAUCCACCCCUCCCAGAUUGAUGAGCAGCUCACUGUGGGGGCCUGUUGGCAAGGUGGUGAGGUGAACACACCCCGAUUCACCCAGUACUUUCGGGGAAGCCUCUCGGGCCUGACCAUCCGGCCCGGAAGGAUCGAAAACCAAAGGGUCAUCUCUUGUCUUCAAGCCUGUAAGGAGGGCCUAGACAUCAGCUCCCUGGAAAGCUUGGGAGGGGGCAUCAAGUUCCACUUCAACCCUGCCCAGUCGAUCCUGGUGAUGGAAGGGGAUGAUCUGGACAGCAUCAACGCAGCACUAUCCAAAGUGUCCUACAUCAACUCCCGGCAAUUUCCCACACCGGGCCUUCGGCGUCUCCACAUCACCACCACGGCACAGUGUUUCGGGGAGGACACCUGCGUCUCCAUCCCAGAUGUGGAGGCCGUGCUGAUCGUGCUUCCCCCUGCCAAACCUCGGAUCACCAUAAGCGGGACGGGGCGUCUGAUCGCUCCGGUGAACGAUCUGCAAGGCCCUGCCGGCCUGCCGCUGUUCCCUGACCUGCACAUCACCAGCACCGUGAUGCCUGGUGACUCUGACACCACAGCCCCACAUGCCAGCAUCCUCGAGAUCCUCCACAACUUGGACUACUGCGAUGUGCUGCUGGUCGGGGAGGAGCUGAACCCCCAGCAGGAGAGUCUGCAGCUGCUACCUGGCGCCCUGCUAGGGAAGCAUCUGGAUGUGACCAAUUCCUCGUCCGGCAUCUCCAUCUACGGCGUGGACUCCAUGGUGCACUACGAGCAGGUGAUCCGGCAGGUGAGGUAUUACCACUGGAAUCCUGAGGCCAUUCGGGACAGGAAGUUCAGACUCACCUGCUCGGAGCUCAACGGACGCUACACCAGCAAUGAGUUCAACCUGGAGGUGGAUGUUCUCCAAAGCGCAGGAUAUCAGCAGCAUAUCGGUCACAUGGCAGCCCAGGCGCCGUACCUGCGUGCCGUCCAGCACCCAGUCAUGAUCCAUGGUCCCAACAUGGCCCACAGCACAGGACCUCCCCCAGCAGCCACAGUAGUGAUUGUGAUGUGCAUCGCCGCCCUGGUGGUCAUUGUGGUUCUGGGCGUGUACCGGAUUCGUGCAGCUCAACAGGACAGUUCAAUGAAUGAGGAGGGCCGAGGAAAGAGGGGGUGGACAGACUGGGACGACUCUGCGCUCACCAUAACCGUGAACCCCAUGGAGAGUGUCCAAGAACAGCAAGGUGCUGCUGAAGAGGAGGGGGAGCAGGAUGAAGAGGAAGAGGAUGGCGAAGACAUGGAGGAGGACGUCACCAGCACAGAGAGCGAGGACAGUGAUGACGAGGAGCAGGGAGUAGCCCGGUCCCCUCGGGAAGGCAAGAGGAAUGGUCAUGUAGAAUGGAACAACUGUACGUAUUAAAUACGGACGCACACCCAGACACUCUCGCAUUUACCCACACAAAAGCCGAGCCGAUUACAUUCAUGAUGCGUAACCCAAGCUUAUGCCUGUUUGUGCUCAUAUUUUUAACGAAAUGUCUCCCUCUGUUGCUGUCAAUGGGGUACUACACCACAAUUUGCCUGAACCAACAACAGCCAGCAAGCCCCUCAGCAGUUGUAGAAGUCAUGGCCUGUCCUUGUUUUGCCGUUAUUGUUAUUAGCUCAUUAUAGCUCCUUGACUGAUUUUGAUUGGCCCAAACACAUACACAUACGCAUACUCUGACACACCCACUGACAGUUCAUAACAACAGAUCCACCUCAUAUCUCCAUACUAACCAUAGCUGAUCUUCUGCUUCACCAGACUUUUUUGUAAAUCUUGAAUUUGUGAUUUCGACCCAGACAAACAUAUAUUUAUGCAAGAAGUAAAUGUUCAUACAUACAUACAUGCGGACACCGGAAUCAUGUAGAUAUUAUUUAAUGAUUUCUCGAUACUGGAGACAAAGGCAUGUCCCCUUCAGUCCUGACCCAAAUGUGCACCUAUAGUGACAGGUAUCUAUACCGAGAUGUUUGUGUAUAGUAAGCAAAAUGUUUGUCACUAGUUUUAUUUCAUAUAUGUUGAAUCCUUUGCAAUUUACAAGUUAAAUAAAAAUGAAAAAAUCCUUUCCCUAAUAUAUCAGACUCCCGAUCUACGAUCCCUUUCCCUCAAGUGACAUUAAUACAUUUCACAUCUAUUGCAUUUUGCUAACUUGUAUUUUUUUACACAUUACUUUACCAGUGGAAAGUGUGAGUUAGUCACUUGUUCUUACUAAAAAUUAUAAAAUUAAAUGUCUAUCUUUGGAGCGAAAAUUCAGCUUGAUUGAUGUUCCCUAACACAAAGCCAAUGUUGUUCUGAUGUUAGGUUGGGCUCUGUUUGGUUUCCCUAUAUGGUCUGAGGACAAUAUGUGAACAUCAAGGUCAAGCUGGUUAAAGAAACAUCACACCUGCCUCUACCUGUGUCAUUAUUGCUCGCUGGUCUGUUUCAAAGGACAGCUCUCUUUCUUUAACAUACGCCUUUAGAAUACGUAUCCAUUGUUCUUUCGACUUUGAGGACUCAAUGUCAUUGUUAAACAGAAUCCUAAGCUUCCCAAAAUCCUAAAUUUGAACCCAUAACAGCUCAUUUAUUGGCCAGUAUAUUUCCUUUGUGUUUAAAUCCUCCGUUAAUUAAAAAGUCCAAUCCAGUCAAUGGGUCUUCAGUCAUUUUCAACAAUAAAACUGUCUUGUUCCUAGAAAAAAAAAACAUUUUUAAGCGCAGGGUCUCAAAAGGAUUAUGGAAAUUGAUAAAAAAAAUCCAAGCCAGCUAAUAACCAGCCAAGGAUAAGCAGGUAUAUUGUAGAAAGUAAAACCACUUAGGGUGUAGGUUCGUAGGUCCAUCCUCAGUGAACAGAAUCUGAAUGCCAGCAAACAGAGAAACCCCACAGGUUAGAGAUGGCGCUAAAUGACUUUGUGCAAUGUUAAAAUUAGGCUCCAUUUGCUAUUGUCCUCUAUGAUGCUUAUCCUGCAGAUUAUAAAGCAGGUAUCCUGGUGUGAUGACAGUGUAAUGGUCUGUUUGCAUAAUUCCAGUUACUGUACACUUACUCACCUGCAUUAUUUUUAAUUCAUGUGGUGGCUCGGGUUUCCCUAACCUGGUCACGCCUUUGCUGGUGACACUGUCGUCUCGUGUCAACAAUCCUGCUUUUCCAUCUGGUCGUUUUCUCCAUCUCCAUCGAUUACCUCAUGUCAGUUAGAGAAUAUUUAAAAGCCAUUUAAAUUAUUAGACCUGUAUGUAUACAAUGGUUCUUUAAUUUUUUUCUAUACUAUUUGGUAUUAUUUUAAUUUAAUUUCUUAUCUGUAAUCACUACAGCACUUUUCUGUACCUUUGCCAAUAAAAACCUGUUUCAUAAUCUCA